CAAAAGAAUGAACAGGAUCAACUGAUGUGAAGUUUCCGCGCCCCACAGUUGAGUCAACAAAAAGGCCAAAUUAUAUUUAUGCUCCAUUGACAAUAAUCCAUAACUGGUUAAACUCUAAUCUACCAAGGAAAUGAAGAAUAUGAUCCCAAAUUGUAAAAGAUUAAUGCAAAAUUACCUUACUAAAAAAAAGGGGAAAAAGAGUUAGCAGUCCAAAGCAAGUGAAUAGGGCAGUGGCAACUAGAGUUUGAGAAGUGCCUCAUAGCAACUUUUUCUUAUCCGUCAUUGGCCGAAAUUCAAGAAGGCACGGAAAAGAAUCCGAAUCCUAACAGGCAACUGCAACCCUCACCCCUCUCCCCCAUAGUCUCUCUCCCAAAUCAUCAUUUCAUCAUCCCAAAUCAAUUGCCAAGUCUUUCUUUCUCUGUUUGGUUCAACAAAGACUUGGUCUACAGUAACAUGUUCCUUAACUUUCUCCUCAUGAUUCUGUCUUCCUCGACAUUAAAGGAACUCCCCUGAUCCCUGAAACAUCCCCUGGAUUUCGAUCAACAACGAAUAUUUUUAUUCUCAAAAUUCCUGUUUUUCUCCUCCCGGAAAUCAUGGAGUCUCUGCAACGUCUCUUAAUGUUUCCCGUAGAUACGUUGAUACAAAGUUUAAAUUAAGUUUCGUUGAGAGGAAAAGUGUUGGGUUUUCACCUAAGGGAAGGAUUCAACAUGGAGUUCCGGGAAGCUAUGAAGCUAAUGAUUCAUAAAACACCAACUCAUAAAGAUUUUUUUCAUGAAGAUUCAGGAAAACAGAAAGUGAAAGUUGCAAGCAGUGCAGCUGCCAACCGAAAAUGGAGAAUUUCAUUUUACAAGUCGUCAUCAACCAACGCUUCAAAGACAUGUCAGGCUCAGCCAAAGCAAACUCCCGAAGAAUUUUCUUGUCCCAUUUCAGGGUCUUUAAUGGCUGACCCGGUUAUAGUUUCCUCAGGCCACACCUUCGAACGAGCCUGUGUUGAAGCCUGUAAAACCCUGGAGUUUACACCAACUCUCCAGGAUGGUUCCAACCCUGAUUUCUCCACCGUUAUCCCUAACCUGGCCCUUAAAUCCACCAUUCUCAACUGGUGCCGAAAACAUUCCUUAAAUCCUCCAAAACCCCUGGAUUUCUCCACAGCAGAGGAACUUGUCCGUACAUUAAUAGCCAAAAAUCCAAACACCCUGAUCAAAAAAGAACAAGAAAAGGUGUCUAAUUCAGAGAAAGAGUUGAUUCAAGGAGUUGAAGAUAUUCCUUCAGUGAAAUUCGACCAUGCAGCCACUCAGUUAAGUCGGAGGCCACCUCAAUUCCACUCGAGCUCGGAGGAAUCUGUUGCUGCUUCUGUCGCCACCACCAAUGUUCUAACACCGCCAUUGCAACUCGCGACUCGUCCGAGUUGCUACUCAUCCACUUCUUCCUCCUCCGAAAUCGAAACCUUAACCCCAAACCUUAACGAAGAAGAAGAGUUUUUCCUUGAAAAACUAAAAAGCCCUCAAGUUUUUCACGUCGAAGAAGCCGCGGCUUCAUUAAGGAAGAUAACAAGAACCCAAGAGAGUUCCAGGGAUGUUCUUUGUACCCCACGUAUACUUUCAGCUUUAAAGUCUUUGAUCACGUCCAGAUACGUGAACAUUCAAGUGAACUCAAUUGCAGCUUUGGUGAACUUGUCAUUAGAAAAAAUUAACAAGGUGAAGAUCGUACGGUCAGGAUUGGUUCCUGUUUUAAUUGAUGUGUUGAAGGCAGGAUCCCUUGAGGCCCAGGAGCAUGCUUCCGGUGCACUCUUUAGCUUAGCCCUCCAUGAUGAUAAUAAGACUGCCAUUGGAGUUCUGGGAGCUUUGCAGCCUCUCAUGCACAUGCUAAGAUCAGGGACUGAGCGGACUCGGCACGACUCGGCCUUGGCACUUUACCAUCUCUCUCUAGUUCACAGCAAUAGGAGUAAGCUGGUUAAAAUUGGGUCGGUUCCGGUUUUGCUAAGUAUGGUUAAGUCGGGUCACAUGAGGGGUCGCGCCUUGCUUAUAUUGUGUAACUUGGCUUCGGGUCCCGACGGGCGGGCCUCGGUGUUGGAUUCGGGUGGGGUGCAGUGUUUGGUGAGUUUGUUGAGGGGGAACCAGUUGGAUGAGUCGACUCGGGAGGGUUGCGUGGCGGUUUUGUAUGGACUGAGUCAAGGAGGGUUGAGGUUUAAGGGAUUGGCGAAGGCAGCCGGGGCGGUGGAGGAGUUGGCUAAGAUGGAGAGGACAGGGAGCGAGCGGGCGAGGGAGAAGGCAAGGAGGAUGUUGGAGAUGAUGAAGGGGAGGAGUGAGGAGGAGGAAGAGGAUGUGGACUGGGAGGAAUUGCUGGACGCGGGGUUGACGAGUCGGAGUCGGUUUCGACUCGGAGGAGGAAAGAACGGGUCAUGUGUGAACUCAUCCGAGUUUUGACCAUAUCUUUUCAAGGUUCGUUUUUUUGGAUUCGGGUUUGUAAUUAUUGGUGGAUUUAUUGUGUCGCUUUUUAGGUUGUAGUGACUUUAUUGUGACAAAAUUAUAAAAAAGUGAUGGAAAAAUGUUUCUAGACAAAGAAUUGAUUCUGAAAAAAAAAAAGAAAAGCAAGCUCUUUUGUUAGCUGCUGCUUUGCAUUUGUCACACUAAUUUCUUCCUAUUAUUAAAAAAUAAUGAGACCUUCAAUUUC